AUUUGCCUCGAACCCUGACUUUCUUCACUGGAAACAACCGAGUUUGCUAGAGUAGCCCUCUCAUCUCAACAUUUGAUCUAGCAAAUGGUGAACGAAUUUUGAAAAGCAGCUCUUUUCCAGUUUCAAAAUGGAAGAGCUCAAAAGGAAAACCGACGUCUUGUUGCGUUCUGUCCUCUUGAGUGUCGGUCGUACAGGACUUGCUCUCCGUUUGUUGGACAGGGAAUACAAGAGCUUUACCUACUCCUCACUCCCCUACAAAGAAAUGGGCUUCUCAAGCCUUGAAAAAUACAUUAAGAGCAUCCCUGAGGUUGCUUCUCUCUCAAGGGAUGUCGAUGGAGAGUAUGUGGUGCACGGAGUUGCAAGCGAGGCGGACAAACAUGUAGCGAAACUUAUCGCAAAGCAAAGGAAGCCAAAAAGAAAAGCGAAAGCAAAGGCCAGACGACCGGUCCAUGCGUCGAUGCACAAACCAGGUGUAGGGAGAUCAGCAGCUCUACACAGGGCUCCGAUGAGGAAGUCCCCACAAGCAGUACCCUUUCGAGGAGGAGUAGCUCCCUUUCGAGGAGGAGUAACCCCCUCUCGAGGUGGUGCAGCACCUCGGUUUGUUCCGCCUCGAAUGAUGAAGCGUGGGGCUUCCCAGGGCUCGAGUCAAUCUAUAACCAGGGCUAUGGUAGAGCAAGAAAUUGCCCAAAAAGUUCAGCAGCAGGCUAAAAUUAUGGCAGCUCCUGCUUCAUUAAACAGCUCUAGAACAGUUCCUGUAGUUUCACCGCCUGUUUUCAUGACAAAGUUACCUCAACAUCCUGCUGGAAAUAAGAUCAAUGGAAUGGCCUCUACUAAUAGACAAGUUACUGUGGUCUCACAUCAAGAGAAACCUCCUCAUAAGAAAAGCUGGAAAAAGAAAGCAAAAAGUCCAGUUGAUGAUAGUUUAUCUCUAGAGGAACAUGUUAACUCUAUUUCUAAGUCUUGUUAUUACCACAUUAGACGAAUUGCUAAAAUCCAAAAAUAUCUGUCCGAAGAUUCCACAGCAGCUCUUGUGCAUGCUUUCAUCACCUGCAGAUUGGACAACGGCAACACACUUUUGUACGGCCUUCCUAAUUAUCUGAUUCAGCGACUGCAAACAGUUUAA